CACAGGAGCCAGUUCCCUCUAUUUCCUCCUCUCUUGGCUACCACCCUCCCUUUCCUCAGCCCCCUGCCAGACUUCCUGAGUGCCACAGAGACUGCCAGCAUCUCUUGAUCCCUCUAGAGCCCUAACUGCCCAUCCCUAGAUAAGUCCAUGAAAUCCCCUCCUACGUUUUGAUUCCCAGGGCCUGCUUCGGCUCAGAAUACCAGGACUCUGUCUUAGGAUAUCUACAAUUCCAGGUCCACGUGAUGCCUCCAUUCUAGGACACAGCAGACUCUUCCAUAUUUUCCCCUGAACCCUGCUCUUUCCCUUCAAAUUUUUUAUUUUGUCUGCAGCAGCUCCAUACUUCUGGUGCUCAGACUAAAAAACUUGAUGGUCCUUCAUUCACACCCUGCACCUGAUGAUCAGUAGAUCUAUCCAGAAUUCAACUGCUUUCCUGUCUCCACUGAACUAAUAUGGUCCACGUGCCAUCAUUGCCUCCUCCCUGCACACCACCCCCCUCCUCUGUGCCUCUUCUCCACUCGGGAAACGAUAUACCUGUCUUCUCACCCCGAGCGCCACAUUGAGAAGCUCAGUUGAGGAAACACCUAGGUUGUCACCCCUCCCAGCUUUUGCACGAGCGGGAUCCUUCAUUUGGAACUUCCACACCUCACCCCCUUGGGGCCUAAGGCGAAUCAAGGGCCAAGACGUCCAGCAACGAGAGGAGCUGUCGCCAUGUCCGCACAUCUACAAUGGAUGGUCGUGCGCAACUGCUCCAGCUUCCUGAUCAAAAGGAUCAAGCAGAUAUACAGCACUGAGCCCAAUAAUCUGAAGGCCCGCAGCUCAUUCCGCUACAAUGGGCUGAUUCACCGCAAGACAGUGGGCGUGGAGCCAGCGGCCGAGGGCAAAGGUGUGGUGGUCGUCAUGAAGCGGAGAUCCGGCCAGCGAAAGCCAGCCACCUCCUACGUGCGGACCACCAUCAACAAGAACGGCCGAGCCACCCUCAGCAGCAUCCGGCACAUGAUCCGCAAGAACAAGUACCGCCCGGACUUGCGCAUGGCUGCCAUCCGCAGAGCCAGCGCCACCCUGCGCAGCCAGAAGCCCGUGACGCUGAAGAGGAAGAGGGCUCGCCCCACCGAGAGCUCCUGAGCACCUCCCCCCCAAAACAAUAAAGUAUAAAGCAUCAGCCAACUUUCUCAAAAAAAAAAUAAAAUUUCCUGUUAUUAUGCUUGUCUCCUGAUUAGCAACUCUAUGUGCUGAAUGUUAACUAUCCUGCAUCCACCUAUGUAAAAGAAGUACCUGUCUCUCCAAUUUACUUUUAUCCUAUCCAAAGAUUUCCCCCUGCUUUACUUUCUCCCACCUCCUUAAUCUAUCACCAAUGGAUUUCAUGUAACUUUUGUCCUUUGAUUUUUAUGUAUAAAAUAAGCUGCAAACUGCCAUUUUGUGGAGCAUUUGCUCAAUCCGUUGAGGUUUUGCUUUCUGAUAAUUGUCAUCAGUUGGCUCAAAUAAA